AUGAGCGUGACGCACAUCGUGAUGCUACAAUUCAAACCAGACGUCUCGUCACUCGACGUCGAAGAGGUUUGCCAACGGAUGCUGGGCCUGAAGGAGGGCUGUAUUCAUCCCGAAACGAAAAAGCCUUACAUCAAGUCUCUGACAGGGGGUAAAGAUAUUUCCAACGAAGGUCUUCAGAAUGGAUAUAGUCACUCGUUCGUGGCGAUAUUCGAGAACGUGGCCGAUAGGGACUAUUACUGUCAGAAGGACCCUCAUCAUUCAGUCUUUGCCGGGGAUAUUGGAAAGUGCGUCCAGAAUGUACAGGUGUUAGAUUUUGCUUGUUAG